UUGUUUUCCAGGUCUGGAUUUUGGGAUGGUGGAGAGGGAGUCAAACACCAUAGUCCUAUACCCUGUGGCAGAUCGCAGUGCAGCUACAUUGAUUCCCCUCAUCCAACGACAUGUUGAACUUGGUUCCACCAUUUACAGCGAUGGAUGGACUGCAUAUUGCGAGUUGAAUUCUCUUGGAUACAGACAUUUUACAGUUCUGCAUAAAUAUUCCUUUAAAAAGGUAUACAAGAAUAUCAGUACUGGGGAAGAGGAGGAGGUUGUCUGCACCAAUCAAAUAGAGGGAGCAUGGAAACAUGCAAAAGACCAUUUUCGACGCAUGUCUGGAACCAAAGUGAGGCAGUUUGAGGGUCACUUGGCUGAAAUUAUAUGGCGAUCAGAGUAGAAAGGAAACCUCUAUGGUGGAUUUUUUGAAUCUUUGAAAAGCAUUUUCACACUCCAGUCUGCUGCAGAUUACCGCUACACUACACCUCUCUUUGAUUCAUGGACGAUGGAUGCUGAAUCAACAGUUGCUCCCAUUAAUACCGAUGUGGAAGAAAACUCAACCAGUGAAACAGAAAGUGAGGAUUCCAUCAUUCCUCCUAAUCGUUUCAGGGAAACACCCCAGUCUUCAACCAGAAGCAUAUCAACUGGUGAAAUUGGCCAUGAAAUUAUUGGUUCCAACACUUCCCCUCUCCCAAGUGCAGCCUCGGCUAGAGUGUUAUUACAUUGUAGCAGCAACUACAUCUUCCAAGAAUGCGAUAAUCAUUUCGUCCUGUUCAGCUGAUGAUGCCGACAAAACUCUGACAGAGCCUGGACCUUCAACAUCUGCAGGACCUUCAACAUCUGCAGGACCUUCAAAAGUGAAACCAAAGCCUAAAAUCGCCGUUCGAAGGAAGAAAACCAGCAGUCCAGCAAGACCAUCCAAAAAAGAGAAGACAUGUGCUCCAGAGGGGUUUAAACCUGUUGACACUGCCCCUUCAAAGAAACAAAAAAGGAAAUCAAACCCAUAUGCGAAAUCAGCUUUUGUGUGGUCCAAUGAUGAUUUUAUGUAA